GUGGAAACGAACAGUGUUCCCUUCUGUUAGUGUUAUGGCUUCCAGGUUGCGUUUCUUCCAAAGGCUCCCAAAGCUUCUAAAGCUGAAUUCUUCUUCUUCUUCUCAAUCGAUUCGUAGAUUCCGUUUUCUGCUUCUAGGAACUUCGGGACCUCUCACUCUUUCCGAGAAGAUCGCUCAUCGGUUUCCUGCUUCUAGAACCUUCUCUUCGAAUCUCGUCCAAGAUUCUCAAGGCCCCGCCGCCAUUGAUUACAGUUCUGUACUGCAGGAGGAUGAGUUUCACACGCUAGCCAAUUCCACAAUACAUCACUUCCUAGAGAAACUCGAGGAAUACGGUGAUAAUGUUGAAAUCGAUGGCUUUGACGUAGACUAUGGGAAUGAGGUGUUGACCUUAAAACUUGGUGAUCUGGGUACCUAUGUUUUGAACAAACAAACACCAAAUAGACAGCUUUGGCUAUCUUCCCCAGUGAGUGGUCCAUCCAGGUUUGAUUGGGAUCGGAAUGCUCAAACUUGGGUUUAUAGGCGGACGAAAGCGGAUUUGCUGAAAAUUUUAAAAAGUGAGUUGGAGCAACUGUGUGGUGAGCCCAUUAAUCUUUCUUAAACUAUGGCAAAAGCUGUGAUAAAAGAGUUCCUUUUGGGAAAUUUUGUUUCAGUGCUGACACGAGUUAGGCUGUUUGCCUCUCUUGGCCUAUAUAUUGGUUUUCCAUUCAUAAAUUUGUAUGGUUAUACCUUUUUACACGAAAAAUAUAAAUUUGUUGUAGUUAUAUGGAUUUCACUUGUGGCCCUUUGUGUACUUAGAAGCGUGAGCACCUUCUUAUGUAGAGGAAAAAAUUAAAAUAAUGGACAAAAUAAAGCUUCUGUUUCUGUUGGAAA